CGCUGCUACUGUAACAGUCUCGCGUAAAACCUUCACAGAAGAGCAAUGAGCGCGUGCAUGACGGUCUAACGGAGAGCUGCUGAUGAAAAGGCGUGAUGUCAAGCCGCUGUCAGUGUCAGAGGACUGGGGGAAUGUGCCGUGCACUUGGUAUAUGCGAUUGUGAAUGACCAUCCUCCGGCAUCGACUGAUGAAGCGUUGAUUUUUGCUGCAUAGAUCAGUUACCUGAAGCCGCGAGGCGUCUGUUCAUCCAUCGUCUCCUGCAAGAAAUCUUCGAGGAAUUGUGUGAGAAUUUUUUUUUUUUUUCUUAUUUUUGAAGGUGCUACCAUUGAGGCUUCGGCGUUCGUUUGCAUGUGGAUCUAUCUGUCAAAACUGAGCUGAACCCAGACAUCUUUUAACUGAACAUUAGAAACCAUCCAAAGCUUUCUUCUGGACUGCAGAAACAUGUGAAGAUGCUGGUAAGGAGCUGCACCAUAGAGUAAACCUUUAGACUACGAGGACGAAGAUUGAGCUUUCUGAUACUUCUUUAAACUCUUAAUUUUCUAACCUGUCAGGUCCCUCGGACCAUGGAGGGACCGCAGAAUUCAAAGCGGACUUUGAAACAAAGUCCUGGAUAUGGUUCCAAAUUGUCCUUUACAUGCUGGGCACUAGUCUUAAUCUUGCCUGUAGUGUGCUGUGAACAGUCCUUUACAACGUUUCACCCUGAGCGACGAGAAUGGGCCUUUAAUCACAUGACAGUUCAUAAGACAACAGGAGCACUCUACAUUGGUGCUGUCAACCGCGUCUACAAGUUAUCGGGCAACCUGACACUAUUAGUAUCCCAUGGUACUGGUCCGGAAGAUGACAACAAGGCCUGCUACCCUCCACUUAUCGUUCAGCCUUGCAAUGAACCUCUGGUUUCUACCAACAACAUCAACAAACUUUUACUCAUCGACUACUCUCAGAACCGACUACUUGCCUGCGGAAGCCUCUUCCAAGGUGUCUGCAAACUGCUACGGUUGGAUGACCUCUUCAUUCUGGUAGAGCCGUCUCACAAAAAAGAGCACUACCUCUCUAGUGUCAAUCAGACGGGCACCAUGUAUGGGGUCAUUGUGUCCUCACAGGGCAAGGAUGGGACCCUCUUCAUUGGUACAGCUGUGGAUGGGAAGCAAGACUACUUUCCAACCAUCUCUAGCCGGAAGCUUCCUCGUGACCCGGAGUCUUCAGCUAUGCUGGACUACGAGCUACACACUGACUUUGUUUCAUCUCUCAUCAAGAUUCCUUCCGACACCCUGGCGUUGGUAUCUCAUUUCGACAUCUACUACAUCUAUGGCUUUGCCAGUGGCAAUUUUGUCUACUUUCUGACCGUUCAACCAGAGACGCCGGAGAACAGCUUGUCUUCCAGCGGGCCCUCAAAUGACCUGUUUUACACCUCUCGAAUCGUCCGACUGUGCAAAGAUGACCACAAAUUCCAUUCCUAUGUGUCAUUGCCUAUCGGAUGUGUGCGAAACAGAAUUGAGUAUCGCCUUCUGCAGGCGGCCUACUUGGGCAAACCUGGACGAGUGCUUGCGGCAUCCCUCAACAUUAGCGCUCAAAACGAUGUGCUCUUUGCAGUCUUUUCCAAAGGUCAAAAACAGUACCACCAUCCACCUGAUGACUCGGCCCUCUGUGUCUUCAGCAUCCGGGACAUCAAUGCACGGAUCAAGGAGCGUAUGCAAUCCUGCUAUCAGGGAGAAGGGAACUUGGAGCUCAACUGGCUGUUGGGAAAGGAUGUGCCUUGUACCAAAGCGCCCGUCCCUAUUGAUGACUCCUUCUGCGGUUUGGACAUCAACCAGCCCCUUGGUGGCUCUCAGCUGGUGACUGGACACACACUUUAUACGGAAAGCCGUGAUCGCAUGACCUCGGUGACCUCCUACAUCUAUAAUGGCUACUGUGUGGCUUUUGUUGGCACCAAGAGUGGACGACUGAAAAAGAUUCGAGUUGAUGGUCCUCCUCAAGGUGGCGUCCAGUAUGAAACUCUGCCGGUCAUCAAAGAUGGAAGCCCUAUUCUUAGAGACAUGGCCUUCUCCCUGGACAACAGCUACAUCUACGUCAUGUCGGAGAGACAGGUCACACGAGUGCCGAUCGAGUCCUGUGAACAGUAUGGCACGUGUGGAGAGUGUCUGAGCUCAGGAGAUCCACACUGUGGCUGGUGUGUGCUGCAUAACAUAUGUUCUCAAAGGGAUCGUUGUGAGCGGGCAAACGAGCCAUACCGUUUCGCCGCCACACUGACCCAGUGUGUGAAAGCCACAGUGUACCCAGACAGCAUCGCUGUGUCUGAACCCAGCGUUCCGCUCCUGGUGAAAGUGACAGAUGUUCCGGAUCUUUCUGCUGGAAUCACAUGCUCCUUCGGGAACCUGACAGAGGUUGAGGGCAGAGUGGAUGGGAAUCAAAUUCUCUGCACUUCUCCUGCUGCUAAAGAUGUUCCCAUCAUCCCCACAGAUCAAGACUGGUCGGGUGUCGAGCUCAGACUGAACUCGAAGGAAACGGGUCAGAUGCUAAUUAGCACAGAGGUGAAGUUCUACAACUGCAGCGUGCACCAGCUGUGUCUUUCCUGUGUGACCAGUUCUUUCCGUUGCCACUGGUGCAAGUACAGAAACCUCUGCACCCACGACCCCUCCAGCUGCUCUUUCCAGGAGGGACGCGUCAAUGCCUCAGAGGACUGUCCUCAGCUGGUCCGCUCCGAGGAGAUCCUGAUCCCGGCGGGGGAGGUGAAGCCCAUCACACUAAAAGCCCGGAACCUUCCGCAACCUCAGUCGGGUCAGCGCGGCUACGAGUGUGUGUUACACAUACAAGGAGUCAGUCACAGAGUUACGGCGCUCAGAUUCAACAGCUCCAGCGUACAGUGCCAGAACAGCUCGUACCUGUAUGAAGGGAUGAGGAUCAGUGAGCUGCCGGUGGAUUUCUCAGUGGUGUGGAAUGGAAACUUCAUCAUUGACAAUCCUGAGAACAUCAAAGUGCACCUGUAUAAGUGUGGCGCUCAGAGAGACAGCUGUGGCGUGUGUUUGAAGGCUGAGAGGAAGUUCCAGUGUGGUUGGUGCAGUAUGGAGGGCCGCUGUACCCUACGCCAGCACUGUCCCAUGUCCAACCCCUACACCAGCCGCUGGCUUCACCUCGCCAGCACAAACGUCAAGUGCACCAACCCUCGAAUCACUGAGGUGACCCCAGUGGCCGGACCACCAGAAGGGGGCACCAGAGUGACCAUCCGUGGUGUGAACCUGGGUUUGUCUUUCUCAGACAUGGUCAACAACGUGCAGGUAGCAGGAAUCCAGUGCACCCCACAGGAGGACGGCUACAUCAUUGCUGAACAGAUCGUGUGUGAAAUGGAUGCAGCUCCCACAGACAGUAAACCCGGCCCGGUCCAUUUGUGUGUAGGGGAGUGUAAACCAGAGCUCCAGACACGCUCUUCUCAACUCUAUUCCUUUGUGAUGCCAUCGGUCAAAGGAUUGUCUCCCAGUCGGGGUCCAGAGUCUGGAGGAACUAAAGUGACUAUAAUGGGGGAAAACCUGGGGGCAGGCAGCAGCGUCAGUGUGCUUUUUGGGAACCAGACCUGCGAGUUUUAUGAACGGACUAUGACGGAGAUUGUGUGUUACUCUGCCCCUUCUCUGACGGGUGUGGGGCCGGUUCAGAUCAGCGUGAGCGUGGAUCGCGCCCAGGUCCAAGAUAGCCUGACUUUUGAGUACAUAGACGACCCCACCGUUCAACGCAUUGAACCGGAAUGGAGCAUCGCAAGUGGACACACACCUCUGGUGGUGACUGGGACUAACUUGGAUGUCAUCCAGGAGCCGAGGAUUCGGAUCAAGUACGGCGGGCUGGAAUCUGUAAACGUGUGUAAGGUUCUGAACAUCACGACUAUGAGCUGUUUGGCUCCCUCGCUGACAGCCGAGUACAGGCCGGGUUUGGACUCAGUCAAGCACGCGGACGAGUUUGGCUUCAUCUUCAAUAAUGUGCAAGCUCUUCUAGUUUACAACAACACUAACUUCAUGUACUACCCCAACCCUUACUUUGAGCCUCUCAGCACCAAUGGCAUACUGGAACAGAAACCUGGCUCACCGAUCAUUUUAAAGGGUAAGAACCUGGUUCCUUCGGCCUCUGGAGGAGUGAAGCUUAAUUACACUGUUCUGAUAGGAGAGACUCCUUGUUCUGUCACUGUAUCUGAGUCUCAACUGCUGUGCGAGCCACCGAAUCUCACCGGCCAGUACAAAAUCAUGGUGCAGGUCGGUGGUCUGCAUGUGUCCCCCGGCUCAGUAAACAUCCUCUCUGACAGCCUCCUGACUCUUCCUGCCAUUGUCAGCAUCGCUGCCGGCGGCGGCCUCCUCCUCAUCAUCGUCAUCCUUGUGCUUAUUGCCUACAAGCGUAAAUCCCGCGAGAACGACCUGACACUCAAACGCCUCCAGAUGCAAAUGGACAACCUGGAGUCCAGGGUCGCGCUGGAGUGCAAAGAAGCUUUUGCAGAACUGCAGACAGACAUUAAUGAGUUGACGAGUGAUCUAGACCGGGCCGGUAUUCCCUAUCUGGAUUACCGCAGAUAUACCAUGAGAGUGUUAUUCCCCGGCAUCGAGGACCAUCCUGUGCUCAGAGAGCUGGAGGUGUCUGGUAAUGGGCAGCUGUGCGUUGAAAAAGCUCUGAAGCUGUUUGCCCAGCUGAUAAACAACAAGGUGUUUUUGUUGACAUUCAUCCGUACACUGGAAAUGCAGCGCUCCUUCUCCAUGCGUGACCGUGGCAACGUGGCGUCCCUAAUAAUGACGGCUCUCCAGGGUCGACUGGAAUACGCCACGGAUGUGCUCAAACACCUGCUGUCCGACCUCAUCGACAAGAACCUGGAGAGCAAGAACCAUCCCAAACUGCUGCUCCGGAGGACCGAGUCUGUUGCUGAGAAGAUGCUAACCAACUGGUUUGCUUUCCUGCUUCAUAAGUUCUUGAAGGAGUGUGCAGGUGAGCCUCUCUUCAUGCUGUACUGUGCUAUAAAACAGCAGAUGGAAAAAGGCCCUAUAGACGCCAUCACCGGAGAGGCCAGAUACUCCCUCAGUGAGGACAAACUCAUCCGGCAACAGAUUGACUACAAGACUCUGAUCUUAAACUGCGUCAACCCAGAGAACGAGAACAGCCCAGAGAUCCCGGUCAAGGUUCUGAACUGUGACACCAUCACGCAGGUCAAAGAAAAGAUUCUGGAUGCAAUGUAUAAGAACAUGCCAUAUUCUCAGAGACCCAAAGCUGUGGACAUGGACCUAGAGUGGCGUCAGGGACGAAUGGCCCGAGUGGUCCUGCAGGAUGAAGACAUCACCACUAAGAUUGAAAAUGAUUGGAAGAGGCUCAACACUCUCAUGCACUAUCAGGUAUCAGACCGCUGUGUGGUUGCUUUGGUGCCCAAGCAGACGUCCUCCUACAACAUUCCACCCACAACUAGCAUCUCUCGGACUUCUAUCAGUAGAUAUGACUCGACAUUCCGGUACACAGGCAGUCCAGACAGCCUGCGCUCCCGUGCUCCUAUGAUCACCCCGGACCUGGAGAGCGGAGUCAAAGUCUGGCACCUGGUGAAGAACCAUGAGCACGGAGACCAAAAGGAGGGCGACCGCGGCAGCAAGAUGGUGUCUGAGAUCUACCUCACCCGCUUGCUAGCUACUAAGGGGACACUACAGAAAUUUGUGGAUGAUCUGUUCGAGACUCUUUUCAGCACGGUGCACAGAGGCAGUGCGCUUCCUUUAGCUAUUAAAUACAUGUUUGACUUCCUGGAUGAACAAGCGGACAAGCACAGCAUCCAUGACACCGACGUCCGUCACACCUGGAAAAGCAACUGCCUUCCUCUUCGCUUUUGGGUGAAUGUGAUCAAGAAUCCCCAGUUUGUUUUUGACAUCCACAAGAGCAGCAUCACGGACGCGUGUUUGUCUGUGGUGGCUCAAACCUUCAUGGACUCAUGUUCCACAUCUGAACACAGAUUGGGCAAAGACUCGCCCUCUAAUAAGCUGCUUUAUGCUAAAGAUAUCCCCAACUACAAGAACUGGGUAGAAAGGUACUACGCUGACAUCAGCAGGCUUCCAGCCAUCUCUGAUCAGGACAUGAAUGCGUAUUUGGCAGAACAGGCACGACUGCACUCCAAUGAGUUUAACAUGCUCAGUGCCCUCAACGAGAUUUACUCCUACAUUAGCAAGUACAGCGAAGAGAUCACUGCUGCACUGGAACAGGACGAGACGGCGAAGAAACAACGACUGGCCUACAAAGUGGAGCAGCUCAUCGCUGCCAUGUCACUGGAGAGCUGAGAGAGAGUUAAAUCUGGAACGAAGGAUGAAAGACCUUUAAUCAGUCAAACCAUCAUCCAAAGCCUCUACACACAAAAGAGAGCAACACUGGCUAGAGACAAUUUUUCUACAAUUUUGUGAAGAGGUCACCUUUAAGACCAAUGGACAACUUUUUGCAGGUCACAAGGCUUUUGUCUUGAGGAUGGGAUCAGGAGUGGAAACUAUGGAGUUGUGUUUUUAUUUUUUCCAAGGGAAAAAACAUUGUGGGAGGAGCAGCUUCCUGGCACAUUUUUUGUUUAUCUGGUUGGUUGGCUUUCUUUUUUAGUUCAUCUGGUUCAAUGUGCCUAGCACUGAUUAACAUGAUGGAUGUAAGACACUAAUACUUCCUCAAAAAUGUGCUUGCUAAAACCUUUUCAGGAGGAUUUGAAAGAAGGAAACGGACAUCUACUGCCUCGCCAUUACCGUCCAGUUGAUGGCUUUUACUUCCAAAUUUUAUUUUUAUACAUGAGUGCUUUUUGAGUUUGUUUUGUUGAGUCGGCUAUUGUAAUUCCUCAUCGUUGGUGUGGCGAAAGUUCAAUUCUCUUUCUUUUCUUGGAAAGCAGUGGCUGCUACCAACACAGGCUAGUACAAACUUAGACUUUCGAGACCAAAAGGCAUCAACAUUGUCCGGGAGAUAAUGAAACUCCAACAAAAGUGGGCCAAAAUUCAGCCAGCAUGUACCUAGCUCUCUACAGUCGACCAGAAACCAGUGUCAAACUGGACGAAACCCACUUUAUGGUCUCUCUAUGUGCAUACGUCCUGGUUUCUACAUGUAAGCAUAUGUGAAUGUACAAACUUUACUCUAUUUUGUCUUCGCGUUUUUGUUGCUUUUCUAAAAUAGGAGUCAGUUGAGCUGAUCUCCACGGCACGUCGUCCUAAAGAACUGAAAAUCCCUCUCCAUAAUAGUGCUGCUGAGAUUCAGAUAUGAAAGCGGCGACGAGUAGCACAUUCAGCUCAAAUCAUGCAUGGAGAAACCCCACCUUCCCUUUCAAACGAAAAUGGACUCGCUUGACAUCAUCUUACCAGAGAGUAUUAAUUAUUAUGUAUGGUCCAAUGUGUGUGUAGUCUGCAUGCAUUAUACAGUACCUCAUAUAUAAAAAAAAUAAUAAUAAUGUCUCCUUUCCCAUUUACGCCUAUGUUCAAGUGCCAAGAGGUCAGGUGAGUUGUGGAUGACUCGAAGGGACGCCGAUGAUGUAAUAUACCAUGUCACUUCCUUUCUGUACACACCCGUCAGGAUUAAGUGCCAAAAGAUCACUUAUUUACACACUUGUCGGUUGAUGCUUUAUUAAGGGAACGGACCCUGUAUACUGUAAAAAACAUCUGUUUUUUUUUUUAAGUUUCGUUCUUACCACUUGCAAAUUCAGGUACGAAAACUUUGGAACGGUAUCUGUAAAUAUAAAGUAUUUGUAAAAUACUUUAUGUGUCUGGGAUCUUAAUAGCUUGAGUGAGUUUUUUCCGAUCUCUUUUUUUUCCCCCUUUCUUUUAUUCCCCUGCCUGACAUGAAGUAUGUCAACAGAACGCAUGAACAAAAGACGACAUAGCUUUCAUUUAUAAUGCAUGAUGGCAGGUAGAGCUGUUUUUGAUGAUCAUCCGAACCAAAAUAGACAAGGUCGUUCAGGUCAGAGUCAUCUUAGGUUCAUAGAGGUAUCAGGGAGAGACUCCUCAGCUCAGUUUAUACGGUAAAAUGCAGUAUCGGAUGUGAAGACAUAGACUGACACGGCUCAAAUGGCGCUUGUUUUCUUUUCCCCCUGUGGCCUUAGAACAUUGAAUCUGUUAUUUCUAGUUAAUUUAAUCAGCGAUGUGUCAUUUUUCUCUGUCUUUGUUAGCUGUGUUUGUGACUAAUCAGAUAAAGAGAGCUAGCGUGACGAUAAAGAAGGGUGGAAGAAGCAUGCCCUCGCUCAGACGGGUGCUGGGUGGUGUCUGCUGGAGUAUUCGAGAAGCAUAGGAAUGAGAUUGAGAGAGAGAGAGAGACAGACCCCUUUAGCUUCAGAUUCCUUCUGCUGCUUUGAAGCUCGCCUUUGAUCUCAACUAGUCGUGUGCACAGUGUGAUCAGGAGAUAAAAAAAUACACAUCAAAAAUAGGAUCCAGUGCAGGAGAUUACAAAAGAAGAGCCGCAUGAAAGAUAAUGAAUGAAUGAAUCUGUUAAAGGAAUAGUUCACCCAGAAGAUUCUAUCAGCGUUUACUCGUCCUCAUCCAAAACAUGUUCGACUUAGUUUCUUCCAUGAAACACAAAAGGAGAAAUUUUGAAAGGUUUGAAUUAUUUUGGUCGAUCUUUGACAUACAGUUGCAAUGAAUGGUGAAUGGCAGUUUUAUGUUUCACAAAGGACGGAAAACAGCAUCAUAAAAGUGCAAAAAAGUAAAAAAUUAAAAAAAUUUUUAUAUAUAUGUGACCCUGGACCACAAAAGUUGGGGUAUAUUUUAAGCAAUAGCAAAAAAAAAAAAAACAUUGUAUUGGUCAAAAUUAUAGAUUUUUCUUUUAUGGCCAAAAUCAUUAGGAUAUUAAGUAAAGAUUGUGUUCCAUGAAUAUAUUUUGUAAAUUUCCUACCAAAAAUAUAUCAAAACCUAAUUAUAAAUUGCUGAGAACGUCAUUUAGACAACUCCGUCUCAGUAUUUAGAUUUUUUUGCACCCUCAGAUUCCAGAUUUUCAAAUAGUUGUAUCUCAGACAAAAAAUAUAGUCAUAUCGUAACAAACCAUACAUCAAAGGAAAGCUUAUUUAUGAUUUGAUGUGGGAAAGUAAUAAACUAAAAUAAAGUCUUAAAAGAGACAUUUUUGAAUGAAUCGUUUAGUCUGGUUUUGGAAAUUGAAUCACAUUCAUUGAAAAUAUUUAAAUAAAAAGAAUAAUUCAGAGCUAUUACAUGAAAAAAAAACUAGGAGAGGUAACGAAGUUUAAAGUAAAUAGCGUCAGUGUCAAAAUUAUCGCUAAUAUUUUUUAUUUCAAGCAAAAACUCGAUUUUAAAAACAUUUCUAAAAACUUCUUAUCUUACAUAAUUUUACUUGUCAAGUAAAUGUAUAUUGAUUUGAGAAUGUUUGGAUGUUCUCCUCUUGUGUUCACUGGAAGAAAGUAAGAAAUUUUCUAUUUUGUGAUGAACUAUUACUUGAAGUUAGGGACGAACUAUAGUAAUUCCACUAUUUCUGAACAAACGCACAUUUCUCUAACUAACACACACUGUAUAUUCAUAGCAUAUAUGAAUUUCCAUGACAUGUCGCAUGUUAGUGACAUUAGGGUACAUGACAAAGCUUCCUACUUUUGGUUAUCCAUAGUCUUCCCUGUUUUCCGUUUAUCAGAGCUCAUCCCAGCUCAAUAAGGGCAAGAGACCUUCCGCAGCACCUGAGGUUUUCCCAGGAUGCAAUUCAGUUUUAAUGUGAACCUUGUUUGCUGCCACAUUAGUCGAGGAGGGACGUCUCUCCUGCAUAAAAAAAAAAAAAUUAAUCUAAGAACAAAAUAUAUUCUGGUCCUAACGUUUUGUUCGAAA